GUCUUUCGUGCCUGCCGAAGCCAGCCGCAAGCCACGACCGAGGAGACCGUCAGUCAUCGCCCAUGCGCUCAGUGGCACUAUCGGCUCAGUCCUGGCCGAGGCGAUCCUGUUCCCGAUUGACACGAUCAAGCUCAAGGUGCAGACGGCCGCAGCUAGCGAUCGCCGUGGCUUUCUGGCCACCCUCAUCUCCGUGCUGGGCGAGGCCGGUGUCCGGGGACUCUAUCGCGGUAUCGGUGCCGCCUUGAUAAAGGAGUCGAUCCACAGCCUGAACUACUGGAUUUUCCAUGGCAGCCUCUUCCGAUUGUUCACCGAGUUUGAGGACACGUCCGCCACCUCUCCGAUGCGCCGGCUCGUGCUCAAUCUUGUAUCGAAGCAGAUGAACUGGCUGUGCACCGUGCCCUUCGAGGUCAUCUCGAGCGUGAACCAAAUGUCCGAGAAGGCUCCGGGCUUUGCAGCUACAGCCGCCGCUCUGUACCAGGAGGGGGGCUUGGCAGCGUUCUACCGUGGGCUCACUGUCUCGCUCAUUCUGGCGAUCAACCCAGCCAUCAUGAACACGCUCAUAACCUCCAUGCUGCGGGUCAGGGCAAUGUUUCUGCAGUCCUGCGGCGUUGAACACUCAGAGGCACGUGAGCAUAGUGCCGCCGCGCUGGGUGCUGUGACAGCUUUGUCAAAGAUAGUGGCGACCGUCUUGACGUACCCCUUGAUUCGGGCCAAGGUGCUGCAGCAGACAGCAGCUUCGGUCUACUCGGGUCAGGCUUUCCCCUCGGUCAUGAGGCAAGUGUUGCUCCUUGAAGGUGUUGGCGGCCUGUAUCGGGGAAUGAUUGCGAUGAGUUACAAGACAGUGCUCUGGAAUUCCAUCAUGAUGGCGUUCAAGCACCUCUUGGGUCCUAAACGGGCGAUGACGCCUCCGGAGUCCCCAAAGCUCAUGCACAUGCCCCACGUUGCCCGCGAGCCCUUCCCGGCCGAGUACACGCAGGAGAAACUCGAUGAGAUCUUGGAGUAUCUCCGGCGCGUCGGCAGCAGCCGCAAGAAGGUGGAGGCGCUAGAGCAGCGGAUGGACGAAGUCAUUGUGGAGCUGAGAGAGGUACGGACGCUGCUACUGGAUCUGGUGUCCCGACCGAGUACAGAAGCUGGGCAGAGCCAGGCACUGCGGCUCGCGCAGGGACCCGAUGUGCGCUGCAACGGGGAGGCCACAGGCUCUGACGGAUCUCAGUUCAUCUGA